AGUUGACCAGGAGUCCUGCCCAGUGAGGGACAACCUCCUCCUCCUCCUCUCCUCCUCCUCUUCCAGCGGCGACAAGUGCAGAGAAUCGACGGAGGAGAAUUGAGCAAAUUAUCUACUUUUCCGCUCUCCUUCCUGGACGGUAACGAUCGGCAGGUCCCGGCUCUCCGCACGCCGUUAUCGAGCGAGUCACGGCUGCCCUGAUUGUCGUCAAUAAGCAGGGGAACGGGGCCGGAGUUUCGGCUGGGGGGGGGUUUCCCGGUAGAUGAUGCCCUUUCCUGCGGGCCGGUGAGAAGCAGCUCCGACCCCCGGCUUCCCUCCAGCAGCUCCUCCUUGUUGUUGAUGCGGAGGUGAUGGACGGUCCUCUCCGCCGCCCAGCGGGGAUCCUCGGCUCCCCCCCGGCUUCCGGGAGCCAGCCCGCGGGCUCCGACAUGCUCACCUCGGGCGGCAGCAGCAGCAAGCCUCUCGCUUUCUCCAUCGACCGAAUUAUGGCCAGAACGCCCGAGCCCAAGUCGAUACCGCUCCCCAGCUGGUUCCAGUCCGCUCCCGUGGGGAAACCCGACGUGUGUCCGUCCUCGCUACAUUGUAUGAUCCCUCUGGUACCGCUCAGCUACGAGUCGGGCCACCGGCUCAGCAUUAGCGGGCUGGAUCCGGGCCACUUGGACGCGUCUUCUCUGGGCGCGCCCGCAGACCUGCUGGGCUUCGGGCUGAACUAUAAGAACCAGCAGGAGGAUUCUGGGAGCCAGAGCGGCCAGUACAAACUCUUCAGACCCCGGGUGGUGAACCAGUCCUCCUUCCCCGCCACCAUGGGCACCGUGUGCUACCUGAACUGCGGCGGGGACGGCGGCGCGUGCCCACCCCCGGCCGGCCUGGUCAACCUGCACCCCAUGGCCUCGUACCUGCUCAGCGCGCGGCACAAAGCCUUCAUGGCGGAGAAGAGCAAACCGGGCCUGCAGCAGGCCGUGGAGCGGUUCCCGGUGUCCGGGGUCCAGGCCUUCAAGGAGCUGUCUCAGAGUCAGAUCCAGCACUACAUGAAGGAGCGGGACCAGAUCCUCACGGACAAGAUCUUCAAGAGCUCCGCGGCGGCAGCAGCAGCCCGGCUCAGCGGCUCCUGUCCCGGCAGCAAACCCAAAGUCUUCACCUGUGAGGUCUGCGGAAAGGUGAGGAACCGAUUUUUUAAUUUUAUACCUGAUCCAGGAAACCGAACCGGAUCACAGAGUCCAUUCUGGGUUUUUGCCCUCAGAUUUCUCAGUUUAGUUUAGGAAUGGAAAAAAUUAAGCUUUAAAUCUGACUUUUCCUGACUUCCUAAUAGUAAAAUAUUGAUGAAUGAAAAAAAAUGAAAGAAAAUGAAUUUAUAGGUUCCAUGAUGCUGAGAAAUUAUCGGGAUAGUGAUCGAAUUAAAAGACUGAAAUUAUCCGAUAAUCACCAAGAAAACCACUUUAACCCUUUGACAUCAGUUUGAUCUCUCUUUUUUUGAGAAAAACUACAAAUUAAAAUGGUUUGUAAAAUAGUGAACAAAACUUAACCGGUCAGUUUCUGAAUAUUUUAGGUUUUAAGGACGCUUGAUUUUUAAUUAAUUUGAGUAAAGAGACAAAAGAAAGAAGAAGAAAUCGAGAAAAGAGAGAAAAAAAUUACAUAAAUUACAGUUUAGAAUGGCAUCAAUUUUCAUAAAGCAUCAAGUUAAUUAGAGUAAAUUAUUGUUUUUAUUUAACUGAAACUUUUCCCGUUUUAUUGUGACUCUACAUUUGGUUUAGUCUUGUUCAGAGAAAUAUUUAGUCACGGAAAGAAAUAUUGAAGUUAAAAACUAAAAAUUGUUUUUUGCUCCAAAAGUGAUAAACGUGAAAUAUUUUGACACUUGGGCGAAAAAACGUGAAUUAAACUAAAUCAGCGAUAUUUACUAUUUGAUAAAGACGUUUUUUUUCAGUGGUGUUUUCAUGUUUGUUACAGUGAUGUAAAUGAUUAAUUUUCAUUUGAAGGCCCAUUAAUCACCACUGAAACAUGUCCGUUUUUUAGAUUUUAUCUUACUGUAAAAAGUAAAAGAUUUGGGCUGUUUAUUUUUCCCUUCUACUCGUGACUUCAGAUUAAAAUCCUCUGGAUAAUCCCUGAAGUGGGACUCAGGAGGGCCGAUAUAAUCCAGCCUAUAAUUUGGGUUAUUUUGGAAAGCAGCCAGGCUGAAAUAAAUGACCAGUUUUUUUUAUGUUUUAACCACUUAAAACUCAAAUUUUAUCAUAUUAAACCGAGUAAAAUUAACGAGUAAAGUUAGUAUGACGUUAUUUAAAAAAAAUCCUGGUUCAACAUCCAUGACUCUUCGAUGCUCUGUAAACGUGUGUGUUUUUGUUUGAGUAUUUUUGUGUUUAUUUUGAUGUUUUUUGUUGUUUUUCUCUCUCAGGUGUUUAACGCUCAUUACAACCUGACCCGCCACAUGCCCGUGCACACGGGCGCGCGACCGUUCGUGUGCAAAGUUUGCGGGAAAGGAUUCCGGCAGGCGAGCACGCUGUGCAGACACAAGAUCAUACACACUCAGGUAGCCUAGUACACACACACACACACACACACACACACACACACACACACACACACACACACACACACACACACACACACAGUUUGUUAAUCCAGUUAAUGCCAAUGUUUUAUUUUAUCUCCAAGGACGUUUUAUUUUUAUUCAAAUAUCAUCCAUGUCGAACAGUUUUGAUUUUUGAUCCCAUUGAGACGUCACAACGUCAUUUUCUUUAACGCUCGAACGUUCCUUUCCACGUUAGAACGUUUUCUUCUGAGGAAAUAUUUACAAAAUUAUAAUUUUCUUGAAUUGUUUUCGUUCCAUUUCAUUUUAAUUUUUUUUUAAAUUUAAGGUGGUUUUGACGUCACGAAAGACGUCAAACCAACUGUGAAAUAUUUCCCGCCAUAUUUCCCAGUUUUAAGAGACCUGUCAAUCAAAAUAUGAGUGACAGCAGUAAUUUCCAAUCAUGUUUUUUAAUUUGUUGGGGGUGGGACUUGUAGUAGAAAUGGCGGUUUUCUUUCUUCUUCGCUUAAACUACUGAACACACUUUGAUUAUUUUUAUUUUAAACAGUAAACUAUCGUUGAGACAUGCUCAUAAAUAAAGUCUGAGGGUGUUUAUUUUGUUUAAGACAAAAGUAGAGCUCAUUUAAACAUGACAGAACCUUACAGUGAAUCCAUGAACCUUCUUUUUAGUCCGUGUGAUAUAUGUAAACAUUAAUCUAAGUCUCUGAUGUGUUUCUUAAUCUUGUGUCGAAGGAUAAAUCUGGUUUAUUUAACUUACACCGGGUUAAAACUGUGAGUUUGGCUCUCUGCUCCGGUCUGUUUGUGGUGUUUGAGCUCCUCCUGUGGCGCCAUCCUGACAUGGAAAUAUAUCUUUAAUACUCCCACACUAAUAACAAAACCAUUUCCACAUGAAACACCUCUAAAUUACCCCGUAAAUAUCUCGACAUGUGAGUUAGGAUUACAGAUCUACAGCUGCUCAUCCAUCACAGUAAAACAUCAACUCUUUCUCUUCUGCACUGGAGUCAUUUACCUUUUCGUGUCUUCAGGAAAAACCGCACAAGUGUAACCAGUGCGGGAAAGCCUUCAACCGCAGCUCCACCCUCAACACGCACACGCGCAUCCACGCGGGAUACAAACCGUUCGUGUGCGAGUUUUGCGGGAAAGGAUUUCAUCAGAAAGGUGAGGAAAUACCACAACACAUCCUGUUGUUUCUCGACUCUUCAACCUGAAACUUAAAGACGUAGAUUUAAGGACUUCUGAAUGAUAAUAUCAGUGGAAAAACAACAGUCAGUAAAGGAGGUUUAAGUGGUAAUUUAUCAAAUAUGUGUGAAAAUUGUUCCAAAUUUGAAGUUUGGUAGAAGUCAAGUAUAUUCCCAUUACAAAGAGUUAAAUAUUCAGCAGCAGCAUCAUGUCCAGAAACCUUAAAUAGAGAAUAUUAACAAUAAUACAUAAACAAAACAUGCUGCAUAUGAAAUAUAGAUGUUGCAGUGCAGAGAUUUACAUUUGUGCAGGAUGAUAAAAAUGCAGAAUCUAGAUUUAUAAGUAUUAAAAAUAUAAUGUGCAAUAUAACCGACUAUUUUGAGUCCAGUGUGAGUCAAUGUGAGGCACAAACAGUGAUUAUCUGUGGUGAAAUAUCCUCCACAGAGACAAAACUCCUGAUAAAUCAUUUUUAUUUUUAGGGUUAAUUUAAGACACGGUUAAAAAAUUCAGGAUGAACUCUUUGCUUUUUUUGCAAUAAUAAAUUAUAAUAACAGGCAAGGUAACGGACAUUUAGAUUAGCAUCUCAGACUGUAUGUUAGGGAGCAGCUUCUGUCAGCUGUCAGUCAAUGUUUUGAUUGUUUUUAAUGAAACUGGAAAUAGUUUACAAAAAUUUAAAUGUAAAAAAAUCACCUGAAAAGUUAAAAAUACAAAAAUUGAUUUAGGAAACUUGGGAACAAGACGAUUUUUUCCGUUUUAUUUGGACGUUGUAAAUUCCACAAUACUUUUUUUUUUUUUUUUUUUAUCGAAUAAGGAUGGUGCACAUAAAUCAACAUCAGCAACGUGCAUCAGUAUAAAUCUACCAGAAUUAGUCCAUGUAGAAGUUCAGGGUAGAUACUUACAAAAACCAACAUGUGGAUGUUCUUUGUAAUGAGCAACAAAUUGGCAGAAAAAAAUGAUGUUUCACACUGCAUGCCUAGACGUUUGGGGUGACCCAACAAGGGUCUGGAUAUUGGCAGGAUUAAAUGAUUUUAUUUUGUUCCAAACAUAAAAUGGAAAUACAGAAAAUAAUAUUACACAAAGUAGGAAGUACGAUAUAAUACAAGCCUGCCAAACAUAUCCAGAGUAAGUGUGCACAUUAACAUCAGUAAAAAAAACAUUCAUUAUUUCUGUUUUCACUUUCCUCUUUUACAGCUUUUGGUUAAUAUCAGUGAUCUGUAAAAUUUUAAUCUGAAGUCGAAAUUAAAGGCGCAGACAGAAGAAAAUCUGUUACAUUUAAAUUAGCCAAUCAAGAGGGGGGCAGGGCCACCCCUGGCUGCACCUGUGGACACACCCCUGUUAAAAACCGAGUUCAAACUGAGUCAACAAAAGCGGUCAUGAUGUUAAACAUGAUCUGUGAGAUGAAACUAACACUUGGUUUCAGUAGCUCUGUUCUCUGCUAGAAACAAGUCCAGAGUUUGCCCACAACGUAAAAAUACAAGAUCGAAUGAUCACAUCACAGCCUUUCAAUAAAAGUUUCCCAGCAGAAUGAUGCUGAUUGAUGCCUGAAAUGUUUUAUUUUAAUCUUAAUUAAGACUUAGUCUUGCGUUUGCAUCUUUUAUGUUGUUUCUCAGUCGUCAAACACAGCAGGAAGGUCAGCCUUUGAAGGAAAUAACGAAGUUUUCUUUAAAUGCAGCGAAGAUCUCUCAACAAAACUAACUGAGUUUCCAAUUACUAUUUUUCUAUAAUGCUUCAGGUCGACAAAACACCUUAUAUCAAUGCCGUUUCACAAUAAAAUAGAUUUUUAAUUAUUCCUAAAGAGGUGUUUGUGCAUUCAAACUGAAUGAAUUCAAGUUUGUUUUGGGUUUGCAACAAAAUUUUAUUGAGUUUGUGGAUUUUUUUAUACUGGAAAACAUUUUGGUGACGAUAUAUUACCCAAACUUUACCCAUUAUACUCUGGGUUAUGAUGCUUUAUGACAGCUGUUAUUGGAUUAUCUCUGGAGUAUUUCUCAUUCAUGUUUUCACUUUCAAACUGAACAAACUGUGCUGGAUUUCCUUGUUUCCUGACUCCUCUUCGAUGUCCGUCCUCAUGCAGGAAACUACAAAAACCACAAGCUGACGCACAGCGGGGAGAAGCAGUUCAAGUGCUCCAUCUGCAGCAAGGCGUUCCACCAGGUGUACAACCUCACCUUCCACAUGCACACGCACAAUGACAAAAAGCCCUUCACCUGCCCCACCUGUGGAAAGGGCUUCUGCAGGAACUUUGACCUGAAGAAACACAUCAGGAAGCUGCACGACCCGGCGGGCCCGCAGUCGCCCCCACAGGCCUGAGCGCUGCACACUGCUGCUCCGCUUCAUCCCCAAAAAACGCCCAAAAAACCACAUCAGGUCUGGAACUGAGCUGAAACCUUCAUAUGCCUGCUUUACAAAGUCCUGAGGGAGUUCAGGUGAAAACUGUUUUCAUUUUUGGAACUUCUGCCCCCUGAUGUGUGUGAUUCACCGAGUACACUCCCCUUAAAAUCUCCUCUGACAUGAAUUUGGCUGUCUUUCUUCUACCAGCCAUGAAUUCCUCAAAUCCUUUGUGCUGAUUUUAAAGCUUAUUUAAUUUGUCAUUUUGUGGAAAAUAAAUUUGAUUUGACCCCUCUCGUGCCAAAAUACUUAAAAAAACAACAACAACAGAGGCCGUAAAUAUCUGAAAAUUACUCCCUUAAACUGGUUCCGCUUGAAAAACAGGAUUUUCUCCUCUUUGGAGGAUUCAUCUUUUUUUGUGAAAUCCAUCAGUAUUUUCAUGAUUGAACUCUAAUUUCGACCCCUGUCCUCGGCUCAUGGUAGGAGCCAAUCAAAUUGUACAAGUUUUCCCAAACGUGAUCCAGAAGAAACCCAGGAAAAACCUCGUCCUCGACUCCCCUCAGGCCUGUUGACCCCAGUCUCGACCCUUCAUCUUGAACUUGACCCUGCAAAAGCCAUCUGGACGCUUCCUCACCCCCUGCAGUGGCCCUUCAGAUCUGUUAUGACCCCUGACCUCUGACCCCUCAGGCCUUAAAGCCGGCCUGAAACUAACCUAAAGAAACCUCUGGCCUGGCCGUGAUGUGUCCGUCGGUCUGGACUCGAAUUAGAGCGAGGACGCUCUGGAGGGAUGAACUGUUCAAACUUUAUCUCUCUGCUGAUUAUUAGCCUGUUAUAUUGAAAAUGGCUAAUUAUUCUAUCUUUAGUCCUGAAAAGUUUCAUUUUUUUUCAUUUACAUCUCAGGAUGUGAGACUGACGAAGACCAGAGAUGUUGAAGAGGUGACACGACAUAUUUCUGACCAGAUUCAAGUUUCAAAACAAGAAUUUUACCAGAAUUAAAAACAUAACAAAGGUGAUAUUUUACUUUUUAUUCAGUCAUUUACCCACUAACCACAUGUUCACGAUACAUUAUCCUGCACAUUACUUGGCCAGACAGCACACACUUGAUUUAAAGAUGAUUUAUUUAAACAGCUAAAAAAAAAAUACUCCCUCUGAUUCCACAGUUGGAAAAUGGCAGCGAAGCGUGAAUCAAACUGGUGUCCAUCCAUAUUUGUCUGGAUUUUUUCCUCGUUCAUGUGACUCAACAAAGUUUUGAGCUUGAACAGCAUUUGGACCAAAUAAUCCAAAGCUAAAACCCCUUUCACACCAAAACUGCUGAUAUUUUCUUCAUAAUUUAAGGAAAUUCACAUCCUGACAUUUUCAGGAAUUUUCCGAUCAUGCAUGCACCUCAGAGCAGGAGAUUUUCGUUUGGUUUAAGGUGUCGGCUGAGUCUGAGUAGAACAUGGCGAUUAAUGGUCAUUGUUUCAAUGUUUAUAUCACUACAAAAUAUAAACAGACAUCUGCACAGAAGGGUAAAAAUCAUCAUACUGACAACUGAGGGGAGCAGUAAAGAUUAUAUAGCAGAAAAACUACAUCCAAUCACUCCCAAACAGUGUCCUGAAUAUUCCCUGAUGUGUACUUACACCCUGACAUGAGGAAAAAUCCCAGACAAGUCAGGUAAAAAGAUGUGACCGUUUUCCGUCAUAUCUGCAGGGGGAUGAACUAGGGGGGGAAAAGAUGGUACAGAGUGUAUGGAGACAUCAUGUUAGGUCCGACAAAGAUUGAAUAAUCAAUGGCUGUCAAUGCAGUUAGGGGCCCCUGGAGAUGGCCUUUGUUGGAAAUUUUCAGGAGUUUCGUGCACGUGUGAAAGAGGAUUGUAUGGUUGGUAUCACAUGAUCGACCCCAGGGGGUGAUCGACUUCUUCCUUAUCUGACUGUCUUGAGCUACGAUCGGCUGUUUUUCACUCCUGCAACUUUUGCGUUUGAGGGUUUCUGUCCUGGAGACCUCCCUCCAGAGUGCAUAAGGUCCCUGCACAUUUCAGUGGAACAUUUCAAGUUGCUAAAGAAUACCUUAAAAAUCAUUUAUAGACUCACCGCUGACCCACAGCCAUGCCCUCUCAGAGAUAGAAACUGCCUUUUUACUGCAGUGCCCACACACAAAGAGUGCACUCCAUGCAUUUAAAUUGGACUCCCUCUUCUCAACAGCACACCUUGAACUUUAACUCUCAUGGAUUUGUUGACGCUCUCUGUGCAAAAUUUGAAUAUUAUUGAAAAAAGUAAUCGCCUUACAAACAUAAAAAAUCUAACUUAUAAGAAAGUUCAGCGGUGGUAAAGCCCAUUUCACUCAGGGAAGACACGGUACAGAUUCUGUUGGAAUUUGUUGGUAUUGCAUUUUAUAAUUACAUAAUCAUUUUGAAAUCAUACAAAACAGAUUAAAACUAUUAAUAAUGCAAGCAUGCCUUUAAGAGUCGGCAGAAAUUAUACUCAGAGCUUCAAAAACCAGACCUCAGCUGAAAUAAACUUAUACUCUCUGGGUUUCAGCAGCACAAAUGAAAUCCUUAAGAGUUCCUACACUGCUGAUCAAAAUUUUUAUGGAAAUAAUGGAAAUAUUCAACUUCCAGUGAGAAAUUUCACCAUGUAAAAUCCAAACUAACACUAGCCAAACAGUUUAUAAGUUUCACCUCCUCAUCUCUGGUCACUCAGUCUGUUCUUCUUCUUUAUUUCAGUCUCAGGAUUAUUGUAAAAAGAAGUGUUUUAUUAUAUUUAUUUUAAAUUGUACC